CCAAUCUCAGGACCGCUUUCCAGCAUGAGGGAACUGCUCAAACAAUGAGAGUCUGUAGUCAGCCUGCGGUAAGCCAGCCUCUCCGGACUAACCCCGUACGCGCUCGGACUGCUGACAAUCCACCGCGCGGAUAACGCCAGGCCAGGCGCGCUGCAACGACACUUUCAUUUACUUUGUUUGGGAAUCACCACAAGGAACCGUAAACAGCGUCUUAAAUGACAAGGAUGGGAAGUGCUCGUACACAGCCUGAACUCUCUGGAAGUUUGCGGAUUUCUGCCUCCAAGGUUAACGAAGAGGGUAACUGAAGAUCAUGGGAGAGGCGGCUCCGACCCAGGCCACCCCAAGUGGUUUUGCACCCAUGUUGGGCGUCGGGAUGGGAGGAUCAGUCACACCAAUCGCCACUUCAAGAGGAUCAGCCGUUCCUCAGCUCCACAGUGCCAUAGUGGAACGCUUGCGUGCCAGAAUAGAGCUGUGCCGGCGCCAUCACUCCACCUGCGAGGACCGCUAUGUGCGCGGUCUGGCGGAAAGUUCGGACCGGGAACACGAGAGCACACUCCAUUACUUAAACAUCGUCCAUCAGGGCCCCGUGAACAGGAAGACCAAGGGCAAUAGAUCGGCCUCUCAGCAGCCUCCUGAAUACAGCAGAGUGAAUGGGCAACAUAAAGCCCACAGUUCAUCGGAGGCGGAAUCCAAAAUUUCUUCGCAAAUAGCAAUUUGGAGAAAUGUAACGUAAUGAAAUCACUCGCUCAUCAAUGUGUGCUCUGCAGUGAGUGGGUGCCGUCAGAAUGCGAGUCCAAACAGCUGAUAAAAACA